UUUUUCACUAGAUAAAGUUCAUGUUUACUCCCGAAGUGAAAAGAUAUAUCCUGUAUUAUUAGAGAAGUAAAGCAUUUUGAAAGCUUUGCGCCUAUUUCUUCAAAUAAAUACACUGUUGUCUUCCGCUUGUAGGUUUUAGCAGCAAAAGUGGUUAGUCGAGCAAAUUCAUCCCAAUGGUAUGGCUAUAUAACAUUGCAGUCUGGUGAAGAUGUUGAUCGAUGUAUAACAAGUUUACAUAAAACACAGCUGCAUGGUAAAACGAUUUAUGUGGAAAAGGAGGCACUUGAUCGAAUUCGUACAUCACCGAAGAGAUCUAAAGCAAAAUCGGCUACAGAAAGAGCAUCCAGUCAUUCACAAAAACUGCACCAACAAACGAGUAAAUCAUCGUCACAUUCAUCGCAAACAAAAGAGAAGAAACCGACAACUUCAUCAUCAGUUUCAGAACAACAACUAAAAAAGCAUACUGAUGCAGAACAAGUGAAAAUUUCUUUGAAUACUGAGAAAAGACAAGAUCCAUCAAAUGUAGCUAUUGGAAAACAGCAAACUACAACAGUUAACAAAAAUGAUAUUAACUCAAGAAAGCGGUCAAUUGAACAGACAGAUGAAGGAGACACGGCAACAUCGAAAAUACUUGUUGAUAAAAAUCAACGACAACAAGUGGAGAGGAAAAAAUUAGCAACAGAUGGUGCACAGCAGCCAAAACACCAUUCAUCCAGAACAUUAUCGACAACAAGUUCAUCAAAUAGUCAUCAUAAACCACGAACCCCGACGAUACCAACGGAAAAAUCAGCACAAGUUGGAAAAGUUCAGACCAAUGCUAAUAUGAAGACUGACCGCGGCACAAUAAGAACGGCACACAAAGAUGGUGAAAAAUCACGUUCUGUAGAAGCUCAUCGUAAUUCUGAGAAAUCUGUUGUCGCGCCUGAUCAUCAUAAAUCUGCUUCUAAUGUUCCGGUUACAUCAGCAAACACAGCAAAGGACGAACAACAAAGAAGUCGAUCACAUGAUAGACGAGAGCGUAACGAUGUUAAAUCGAAAAAUACACCGAUAACAGCACCUGAUUUAUUACAAACCUAUUCCUCUGCUCACAUACCCACAACUGGUGCAGACAAAUCUCGACACAGACAUUCAUCGGCUUCUCAACAUUUACAUUCACAACAACAGACAACGGCUAUUUCCCACCAUCGUCAUGAAGGAGCAAAUAAUCAGAAAGUACCAGGAUCACAUGGUGUUAGUCACCAACGUAAAUCGGAAAAAGACAAGCAUGGUCGAUCUCCCUCUUCAUCAGCUGAUAAUGAACGUCGUGUACAAAACGAGCUACGCUUGCGUCAUUUUCAACACCAAGAGUUACAACGAAAACAGUUAUUGCAACAGCAGCAAGAAGAAGAAAAAAUCAAAGAGCAACAGCGCCGCUUAGCAGAAGAACGAGAGCGUAUGCGGAAAGAAUAUCUUGAUUUGGAACGUGAACGUGAAGAGAUGGCUCGUAUGAAACUAGAAAUGGAAAAAGAAAAGGAACAACGUGAACUGGAAAGACAGCGACAAGUACAAGAAUUGGAACAAAAAGCAAGACAGAUAAAACAACAGCAAAUUCAGCAACAAAAACAACAACAACAAUUGCAAGAAAAACAGAGAUUACAACAGCAAAAAGAAGCAAAAGUACGCGAAGAAAAUUAUGAGCAACGACGUACAAAUAGUAAUAAGAGACCGAAUAAUUCAUCAUCAUCCCGUCAACAACCUCUACAAGUUUCAACAUCAUCACACUCUGGUAGUGGCCACGUUUCAAAAUCGUCUGGUGGACCUGCAAGAAAUCCAUCCUCAAUUUCUUCGUCGUCAACAAGUAUUCGUGAUCGAUCAGCUGACGCUAGUGAUUAUUACCCACAGGCUAAACGACACGCUUAUUCAAGCAGCAGCGGUAGUAGUAAUACAAAUAAUGAUCAACGACUAUCAAGUCAUCACGAUCAAGUUUUUCGUGAUCGCGUUGUUUAUCGAGAACCUCCUUCUCCAGUUACAACAAGAACCUCACAACGCUAUAUCGAUGAGCAUCCAACACAGCAAUUAUCAUCAUCUGCUUCGUCUCAACGUUAUUCUGAUCCCUACAGCAGAUCGUCUAUGUAUGAUGGAUCAGUUCAUCGUGUCUCAUCUCCACCGUUACAAACUGCACAACAAACUUCACAGACAAUCAUUCGUGGGCCUCCAGAUUCACGUGAUUCACGUGUGCUUAAUCGUAAUGUAAAUAUUGAACAUCAACAUCAUAAUGAACGUGAUUAUAUCCAUCAAAAUUCUGUUUCUCAUUCAAUUGGUGGUCAGCGUUCUCCCGCGCCUUCAACCACAAGCAUCCGACGCGAACCGCUUGAACAUUGGAGUGAUCGAUCGAAACCGCCUGCACGCGAGCCAUCUUAUCUUGUUGACGAUAGUCAUAAAUUUAUACAAAAUCAAUAUGUCCCGUCAUCUUCAUCACCCCAGGGUGCAUGGGCUACACCUUCUCGGCAACAAAAUCCAGAAAUGAAUGUGAAAAAUGCAAUAUCGGUGGAUUCUUAUUCUUGGCCGCCAAAUGCAGGUGUACAUCAACAACAUUUGAUCUCUGCACAACAAUCUCUUCCACAUCAUCAUCAGCAAAUUAACUCCGACCGUACUCGUAUCAAUCAGCGUAUCCCAAAUAUCAUUUCCUCUGUUCCCACUCAGCGUAGUCAACCAGUUUAUCAGCAACCAGCCGGUCCUAUGCAUCCACCUCCAAAUACGUACGCUUUACCGUUAUCAUCACAGUCUUAUCCACAGCAAACAUUAAUUUUACAACCGUCAUCCAAUCGGCAAGAUUUACGUUAUGAACAACAUUAUGUGGUGCCUCAAGGAAUACCCCGGCGAUACUGA